GAUGUGGAGCUUUCAAAACCUGCUGUUUACCAUCUACAUUGCUCUGAGGUGUGUAACCAGUGCGGGAGAGGUGAUCCAUGUGACUGGAUAUAUGGGGAGUAUAGUUCAAGUUUCCUGCUCCUAUGAUGAAGGUUAUGAGUCUUAUGAGAAGUACUUGUGUAAGAACGACUGUGGUGACAGUGAUGUUCUUAUUACAACAUCGGAAUCAUGGAAAAGAAAAUACAGGAUCAAUGACGACAAAACAGCACGAAUCUUCACAACAACCAUCUCUGAUCUUCAUUCUACGGAUGCUGGGAAAUACUGGUGUGGAGUGACCAGAAAUGGAAAAGAUAUCUACACUGAAGUUGAGCUGAAGUUAGUGCCAGACAGAUGCUGUGACACUGUGACCAUAGUCCAUAGUUAUGAGGGAUACUCUGAGUCCAUCAGUUGUCCAUAUGACUCUCAGUAUCAGAACAACUUCAAGUACAUCUGCAGAGGAAACCGGCCCUCCACAUGUCUGCAGCAGGCACUGAUCACCUCUAACAAGAGAGAAAAUGGACGAUUCAGACUUGAUGAUGAAAAAAUGUUAAGAAAGUUUACAGUGGCCAUUAGCAAUUUGACUCAAAAUGAUUCAGGGUCAUACCUCUGUGGUGUCCAAAGAAACUCUGACCUGGAUGUUUUCUCUGCUAUUGAGCUGAAGGUCAAAGAGUGGUGCUGCAUCAAGUCAACUAAAGUAACAGGUACUGCAGGGCACCCAUUAACUCUGCAGUGCCCUUAUCCUUCACAAAAUCACAAUAACAGGAAGUUCCUCUGUAAAGGAGACCACCGCCACAGCUGCAGAGACAUGGCGAUGAGUGAAAGCAGACUCGCACUACGAGAUGAUAUUUAUUCCAGCUCUUUCUCAGUGACGUUCACAAAGAUACAAGUAGAUGAUGCUGGGACAUACUGGUGUGGGUCAGACUCACAGUGGAGAGUUGGAAACCAUGUUAAGAUUCAGCUGUCAGUUGUGUCUCCACAGCACACCAGCACUGUACCUUCCACAAUGGAAAUUCCAGGAAAAACUACAACACACAAUAAAACUACAACUCAAAAUAGACCUAAUAAAGAUGCAGGACAGUAUGUGGUUUAUGCUGUGCCCGCUGUGCUGCUGCUACUGAUAUGUGCCCUCGUGGUUACAGUUUAUCAAUGCAAACAUCAGAAAGUAAAAGACGGUAAAGCUGUCAUGAACAGAAAUGCAGAGAACGAAGAAGGUUUAGAGGAAGUGACGACUGGCGCAGAAAAUAACAUCUAUGGAAAUGAAGAAGUUGUGAGGUACAAACAACAGAGUGCCUGUAACAACUAUGACGAUGCAGGUGAAGAUGAACCGGACUAUGAAAACUUCACAACAUCUGAGGAAGUUUACUGUAAUGAAAAUUUCCACAGAAGAUAAACAGAGUAUGCAUUUCAGGUCAAAAUGUGGGUUUCAGCUAUAUAGAUUUUAACUUGUUUGAUUUCUCUUUAACUUUUGAACAACAAAUUUUAAUGUACAGCCUUCUCUUUGUCACACUGAAAACUUUGUUUUGAUUUCUGUUUAGCCAUGAGAGUUAGCUGCUCUUUAUGCAUGUGUAGCUUGACUUGUUUUUAUAGCUUAAUUUUUAUUGUUUAGUGUUUUUUCUGAAGUUGUGGAAAAACUCAAACUACUAACAUGAGAGCAAAGUAAAUAAAUAAGCAAGCAAAAUGAAA